ACCCAACAUAAACCCGAACCCUUCCUGCAGCUGCAGGCACACACCGGAAGACCCACAAGAGUCCCCAGGCCGGACCUCUCGCGCACGGGUCGGGACCCCCGCCGGAGCAAGGAACGUCCCUGCUCUCUCUUUCUCGCGCGCCGCGGCGGCCCGCCGGAGCAGCAGCAGUAGCAGGAGGCGGAGGAGAUGAGGGCGUCGCGGAGGCCGAUGGGGGUGGUGCUGGGGUGGGUGCGGAGGCAGCCGCCAAAGGUCAAGGCUUUCCUCGCCGUCGUCGCCGGCAUGGCCGCGCUCGUCUUCAUCCGCUUCAUCGUCCACGACCACGACAACCUCUUCGUCGCCGCAGAGGCCGCGCACGCCAUCGGCAUCGCCCUACUCGUCUACAAACUCACCAAGGAGAAGACCUGCGCAGGACUGUCACUCAAGUCUCAGGACUUAACAGCAUUAUUCCUGGCUGUUAGGUUGUACUGCAGCUUUGUUAUGGAGUAUGACAUCCAUACUAUACUGGAUUCAGCUACAUUAGUAGCUACUCUUUUCGUCAUUUACAUGAUCCGGUUCAAAUUGAGGUCAACUUAUAUGCUGGACAAGGACAAUUUUGCAUUGUACUAUGUGGUGGUACCUUGUGCUGUGCUGGCCGUACUUGUUCAUCCUUCAACAUCACAUAUCAUGAUCAACAGGAUCUGUUGGGCCUUCUGUGUUUACUUGGAAGCUGUUUCAGUGCUGCCCCAGUUGCGGUUGAUGCAAAACACAAAGAUCGUUGAACCGUUCACAGCUCAUUAUGUGUUUGCGUUGGGUGUUGCAAGGUUUCUUAGCUGUGCACACUGGGUCCUUCAGGUCUUGGAUACUCGUGGCCGUUUGUUGACUGCUCUGGGCUACGGCCUGUGGCCUUCAAUGGUGCUUCUCUCUGAAAUCGUUCAAACGUUCAUCCUUGCAGAUUUCUGCUACUACUAUGUGAAGAGUGUUGUUGGUGGACAGCUGGUGCUGCGACUUCCUUCCGGGGUGGUGUAAAAUCUUCAGCAGGAUAACUUAUUUGCUCCGUCUUAGUGUCGAACAGUCGUUCUGCUUCUAGCGCCCAACCAUGUGGGAACGGGAUUCAAGAGCCUUGUUUGCUGCUUCUUUUUUCCAGUUAUAAACUGUUACUGUGAAAAUUGUACCAGAGAUCGUUGUGGAGCUUAGGUUACUGAGAAGACUAUCUAUCUAUAUAGCUGACUGUUUAUCACCCAGAAUAGUAGUUUCCAUUCAAGUA